ACGCCGGAAGACCGGGUGCGUGCGGUAGCUGGGCCCAGCGGCCGCCUCUUCGGCCGCCGGGGCAUCUGUUGCGUCCCCGGCGGCUUCGUGGGGCUCUGAGGGAGCUGCAGCCUCUUCCAUUGCACCUUUUGCCCCCUGAAACGGUGCCAAGACGUGUCCGGUGCCCCCUGCGUGCGGGCUUGAAGCCCGGAGGCCAAGGAGCCGUCCCGGAGCUCCAGACGGGAAGGUGCCUGCAACUCAGAUAGGAUCAUAUUCAUCCUUGGACCCUCCAGCCCUCUCACCAGGACACCUGGGACGCCUGCAUCUUCACUCCCAGCUGAUUGGUUAAGGAGCUGUCUGGGGGGGAGACUCCUGAGCCAGUGUGCCAAUGACAGUCCCUCGAAGCACGCAUCCUGCCUGAAAUCUCAUUAGAGCGGAACGGGCUUCUGUGGAGCGCAGCGGCCUGGCGCCCAGACAGCAGCAUCUCGACUGCAAUCAGCACAGCGCAGCCGGCCGGCGGGCACAGCCUGCGAGUGUCCUGGUGCCAGGUGCCAGGUGCCGUCCUAGGAACCGGAAAUACCGCAUGAGCCAACCCGACCUGCUGCAGCUCUGGUGGGACUGAUAGGGCUCCGCUGAUGAUGAAAGAAGCAAGGGAAGCAUAUGUGCCCGUGGAAGAAAAGAACCUGACACGGCAGGGAGAGAGGCAGGUGUUUGACUUCAGGUCAUGUAGCCGUGAAGGAGCCCGAGGGACUGAGCAGGGGCUGCAGAGUGGCAGGAGUCCAGGUGCAGUGCUGACCUAGGAGAACAUGGCGCCAGGUGGCGGUGACGAGAGAACAGACUCCCAGCCCUGGCUCUGGGGCAUGGACGGAGGGAGGAAGACAGUCUCUUAGUUGGUGCCAUAAACAUCAGAUGGAUGGUUUCUAGCCUGCUCCCCAACCCCCCCUCGGCCGAGUGCUGGGCGGCCCUCCUGCGCGAGCCCAUGACGCUUGAUAUGGACGCGGUCCUGUCAGACUUCGUUCGGUCCACGGGGGCAGAACCUGGUCUGGCCAGAGACCUGCUGGAAGGCAAAAACUGGGACCUGACGGCCGCCCUGAGCGACUAUGAGCAGCUCCGGCAGGUGCACACGGCCAACCUCCCGCACGUGUUCAACGAGGGCCGGGGUCCCAAGCCGCCCGAGCGCGAGCCAGCCCAGCCCGGGCACAAGGCGGAGCGGGCCUGCCUGCCAAGACAGGACGACAUCGCCCAAGAAAAGCGCCUGUCCCGGGGCAUCUCCCACGCCAGCUCGGCCAUCGUGUCCCUGGCGCGGUCCCACGUGGCCAGCGAGUGCAGCAGCGAGCAGUGCCCCCUGGAGAUGCCCAUCUACACCUUCCAGCUGCCGGACCUGAGCGUGUACAGCGAGGACUUCAGGAGCUUCAUCGAGCGGGACCUGAUCGAGCAGGCCACCAUGGUGGCCCUGGAGCAGGCAGGUCGCCUGAACUGGUGGUCCGCGGCGUGCACCAGCUGCAAGCGGCUCCUUCCCUUGGCCACGACAGGCGACGGGAACUGCCUCCUGCACGCAGCCUCCCUGGGCAUGUGGGGUUUCCACGACCGCGACCUGGUCCUGCGGAAAGCGCUGUACACCAUGAUGCGCACGGGGGCCGAGCGGGAAGCCCUGAAGCGGAGGUGGCGGUGGCAGCAGACGCAGCAGAACAAGGAGUCAGGGCUGGUGUACACCGAGGAAGAGUGGGAGCGCGAGUGGACGGAGCUGCUCAAGCUGGCCUCCAGCGAGCCGCGCACGCACUUCAGCAAGAACGGCGGCGGCUCGGGCGGGGGUGUGGACAACGCCGAGGACCCCGUGUACGAGAGCCUGGAGGAGUUCCACGUGUUCGUCCUGGCCCACAUCCUGAGGAGGCCCAUCGUGGUCGUGGCCGACACGAUGCUGAGGGACUCGGGCGGGGAAGCCUUCGCCCCGAUCCCGUUCGGAGGGAUCUACCUGCCCUUGGAGGUGCCUCCCAACCGGUGCCACUGCUCCCCCCUGGUCCUCGCCUACGACCAGGCGCACUUCUCCGCCCUGGUGUCCAUGGAGCAGCGGGACCAGCAAAGGGAGCAAGCCGUGAUCCCGCUGACGGACUCGGAGCACAAGCUGCUGCCGCUGCACUUCGCGGUGGACCCGGGAAAGGACUGGGAAUGGGGCAAGGACGACAGCGACAACGCGCGGCUGGCGCACCUGAUCCUGUCGCUGGAGGCCAAGCUGAACCUGCUGCACAGCUACAUGAACGUGACGUGGAUCCGGAUCCCCUCGGAGACGCGGGCCCCGCUGGCGCAGCCGGAAUCCCCGACGGCCUCGGCGGGCGAGGACGUGCAGUCCCUGGCCGACUCCCUGGACUCGGACCGCGACUCGGUGUGCAGCAACUCCAACAGCAAUAACGGCAAAAACGGCAAGGACAAGGAGAAGGAGAAGCCGCGCAAGGACAAGGACAAGACCCGCGCCGACUCCGUGGCCAACAAGCUGGGCAGCUUCAGCAAGACGCUGGGCAUCAAGCUGAAGAAGAACAUGGGCGGCCUGGGCGGCCUGGUGCACGGCAAGAUGGGCCGCGCCGGCUCCGCCAACGGCAAGAGCGGCGGCGGCGGGGACGCGCCCGAGCGCGCCAAGGACCGGAAGGCCAAGUCGCGCAAGGGCAGCAAGGAGGAGUCAGGCACGUCGGCCAGCACCUCGCCGUCGGAGAAGACCACGCCGUCGCCCACGGAUAAGGACAAGGCGGCGGGCGCGUCGCCAGCGGACAAGGGCGGCGGGCCGCGGAGCGACUCCUGGAAGUACAGCACCGACGUCAAGCUGAGCCUCAACAUCCUGCGCGCCGCCAUGCAGGGCGAGCGCAAGUUCAUCUUCGCGGGCCUGCUGCUCACCAGCCACCGGCACCAGUUCCACGAGGAGAUGAUCGGUUACUACCUGACCAGCGCGCAAGAGCGCUUCAGCGCCGAGCAGGAGCAGCGCCGCCGCGAGGCCGCCACCGCCGCUGCCGCCGCAGCCCCGGCCACCGCCAAGCGGCCGCCCCGCAGGCCCGAGCCCGAGGGCGCACCGGCCUCCGAGCGCGCAUCGCCCGGCCCGCCGGCUGGGCCUCCCACGCAGCUGGUGCUCAAGUUCAAGGAACGCCCGAGCCCAGGACCAGCGUCGGGCACGCGGGCUGCGCGCGCAGCGGCUGGCGGCACGGCCUCCCCGGGCCCUGGGGGCACACGGCGUGCCGGUGCCAGCGGACCCGUCCCCGGGCGCAGCCCCCCGGCGCGCCAGAGCAUCAUCCACGUGCAGACCGCAGGCGCGCGGGACGAGACGUGCGCCCCGGCUGUGGGUGCGCUGCGGCCAUGCGCCACGUACCCGCAGCAGAACCGCUCGCUGUCCUCGCAGACCUAUAGCCCCGCGCGCGCCGCCGCCCUGCGCACCGUCAACACCGUGGAGUCGCUGGCGCGUGCCGUGCCCGGGGCCCUGGCAUGCGCGGCGGGGGCGGCCGGCGCGGCCGAGUCCAAAUCGCAGACCUACACCAACGGCUUCGGCGCCACGCGCGACAGCCUGGAGUUCGCGGACGCCGAUGCGCCAGCCGUGCGCUCGAACAGUGAGGGUGGCCGUGGCGGCGGGCCGGGCCCGGCGCAGCAGCGGUGCCAGCGGGAGAACUGCUCCUUCUACGGGCGCGCGGAGACCGAGCACCUGUGCUCCUACUGCUACCGGGAGGAGCUGCGGCGGCGGCGCGAGGCGCGCGGGGCCCGGCCCUGAGCGCGCGCCCCGGGAAGGACCGCUUUCCAUGCGCUCGGUGUCUUUUUUUUUUUUUUUACGCGCCCUGGUCACCCGGAAGGCCGGCCGGCGACCCCCGUGUCAGUGUCGUGUACGUACGUGUCGGGUCCCACGUUCCUACUGGUGCCUGAACCUACACUGACGCCACUCAGGUAGUAGACGGAUAGGAGACAAGUCAUACCGCCGGCAGUGGGUGCGCGCGCUCGCGUCCGCCUCGUCCCGUGGACACUCAUAGCCAUUGCAAGAGUAUUUUUGUUCCGAAAUAAAGGAAAUUUGCAGCCCUUUGUUUUUAGAAGGGAGUGUUUUACAUGCUUUUAUUUUUAUUUUUCCCUUUUUCCUAAGUCAGCCACUGACCUCUUCCAUGCAGUGGUCACGUGUGUGCGCUCGGGACCACCCGGAUGGAGAAGCGAAGGCGCGCGAGGCUCGGGACUGCGUGGUCGCCCCUCCGUGGUGGGCGCCACCUGCUUCCCCUCCCGGGUCCCUGGAGGAGAGGAGGCACUUGGCCUCGCGCCCACGCCCUGGUGGUUCCCUGCGGCCCUUUAGGCUCCAUCUCAUAAGCAACACCUCCCCCCACAGGGCCCCGCCCCCGCUGGAGCACCACUCACACUGCCAUUGGCCUCGGGCGCCGCCGCUGUUAGGAUGGGCACCGGACAACCUACCUCGCAGGGCGUGGGUGAGGUGUAGCGAUGGCCCCGGGGAUGGGCGGCUCAGGCGGCAGGAGCUGCAAAGACACCUUAGGUCCAAAAAGCAAGGUUCUGAACUGCCCACUUGGAGUUGCCCGCCUCCGAGCAAGGACGCCAGCCUGCUGCCCCAUUUCUCCUCCGAAGACACUUCCGUGCAGGCCUGUGGCUGCCCCAGGGGAGAGGCGAGGCACCGACCCUCUGGUCACUGUGGCAGCCCCCACCAGGCGAGGCUGCUGGGACACCAGGCUGCGCCCCUUUCCCACGGGGAGGAAGCCCACCCCCACCCCACCCGCAUCUGUCUGGGUUCAGCCAGUACAGGACAGCCAUUCCUAUUGGGGGGCGGGGGAGCUCCUCAUCCACAGGCUAGGGGUCCCCCUGCCUGCGGCUCCACACCACAUGGAGGGCGCAGCCCCCUCCCUGAGCGGUCCCCUCUUUUUGGUGCCUCCUACAUUUCUUGAGGAAAAAAACAAAACAAAACAAAAAAAAAUGUGUCCUUAGCUAUAGCCUGUUUUGCGCAGCAAUAUGCAGCCUCUUGCGCCCAAGAUUACCUCUGGAGAUUGCGCCCCUGGUCCAGGACGCAGCGUCCACCCUGCCUCGCGGAGGGGAGCCCUUGUUUCCAAGGGAGACGGAGAAGAUGGGGGAGUCCUCGCCAGCCUCUCAGGAGGGCCUCCGGGAACCCUCAAACCGGACACGCACAGAGUGUACCCUCAGGACGGGCAGGAGGCAGACCAGCUCGCCAUCAGCCAGCGUCUCCUCCAGAAAAGGACGCUAAUCCCGGACAUAAAGAGCAGCAAAAAAAAAAUUAUAUACACAUAUAUAUAUAUAUAUACACACACGGGGAGGGGGUAUUUUUUACUUGUUUGAAGAAUUAUAAUAAACUAAUUUGAGUAUC